UUAAUCUCUCUCUAUCUUACUCUCUCACAGUCUGCAAGCAAAGUGUGAAGCUGAGGGGGCACUACUAUCCAAGAGGCUCUCCAGACCCAAACAGCAAUAGCAGCAGAGGUCUUAUCCUGUGAAUGUAUGGAGACUGGCAGGAGUAGGGAGGGACCUGCACAGUCAUCUCAGAGAGGUGAGGAUAGCUACUCAAACUGGUGCAGGAGGUGGGGAGGGGGCUGUGCUGGGCUGUAUACUGGAUGAAUACCAUAGUUAUAUUUAAUGUUCUCUUGGAGGGACAAGCUGAAGGGUCUAGUGCAGACAAAACCUACAGAGAGUUCUGAAGACAGGAGAUGAGGACAGGGUCCAAGACCUGAAUACUAUUUAACCCAGUUAAUCAGUUGUGCCAGGAUUCUGAUUUCUGAUCACACAAGGACAAAAAUGGGACAUAUGACUGCAUGUACUGCUGUGGGAUCAAUUGCCUUUCUCUAGUUGAAAGGACACAGAAUACAUUUCUCUCUCAUUUUUGGCUAUUUUUAGGAGGGGGUCUGAAAUUCACUGGGGAAGGGAGGGGCUCAAAGACCACCUCUGUCUGCUCGUCAUCAUCAUCAUAAUCAAUGGAGCUGAGCUUGUAAACAGGAUAUAGAACUGCAUUGAUGACCCAAACAUAGAGGAAUACCCUCUACCCAGGGUCACUGGGCUUAAAGGGGCUUAUGUUUACCUCUAUGGAAUGAUACAUUGUAGCUAGUUCCACUAGGAUUCCAAGUGAACUUCAUCCUUUCACAGUUGGACAUGGAAGGUUUGUGCCUCAGCAGUGACUGUCCGGGCGUUCUGAGCAACAUAUCAUGGGGAAACUUCAGCCUGGAGGAGAACAGGACUCAAGGGUCCAACAAAACCAGGGACCCGCUGAAAAGGAAUGAAGAGGUCGCCAAGGUGGAGGUGACCGUUUUAGCGCUUAUCUUGUUUCUGGCUCUGGCAGGGAACAUAUGUGUCCUAAUUGGGAUCCACAUAAACAGACACAAGCAUUCUCGCAUGUACUUUUUCAUGAAGCACCUGAGCAUCGCAGACUUGGUGGUCGCCCUGUUCCAAGUUCUGCCUCAGCUCAUCUGGGACAUAACGUUCAGAUUCUAUGCCCCAGACUUCCUCUGCAGGCUGAUCACUUACCUACAGGUGGUAGGGAUGUUUGCUUCCACCUAUAUGCUCCUGCUGAUGUCCCUAGACAGGUGCCUAGCCAUCUGUCAACCCUUGAGAUCUUUGCACAGGAGAUCUGACUGUGUCUAUGUCCUGCUCACCUGGAUUGUCAGUUUUCUACUUAGCAUUCCUCAAAUUCUCAUUUUCUCCCUAAAAGAGGUAGGGAAUGGAGUUUAUGACUGCACAUCGGAUUUCAUUAAACCCUGGGGUGUCAAAGCUUAUAUCACAUGGAUAACUCUAGCUGUGUACAUCGUCCCUGUGAUUGUUCUCAGCAUUUGCUAUGGGCUUAUCAGCUUCAAGAUCUGGCAGAACAUUAGGCUGAAAACCAUGUGUGAAAGUAAUUUGAGGCUGAGCUCAAACAGGAGGGCUACACUUUCUAGAGUAAGCAGUGUCCGGCUUAUCUCCAAGGCCAAGAUCAGGACUGUCAAAAUGACCUUCAUCAUAGUGAUAGCUUACAUCUUGUGCUGGACUCCCUUCUUUUUCGUCCAGAUGUGGUCAGUGUGGGACCCGAAUCCCCCCAAAGAAGCCUCCCUGUUUAUCAUCGCCAUGCUACUGGGAAGCCUUAACAGUUGCUGUAACCCAUGGAUCUACAUGCUGUUCACUGGAAACCUGUUCCACGACCUCGUGCAGCGUUUCUUAUGCUGCUCAGCCCGGUACCUGAAAUCCAGCCAGCAGGGGAGUGACUUGAGUGCAAGCAGAAAGAGCAACUCCUCUACCUUUGUACUGAGCCGAAAGAGCUCCAGCCAAAAGAGCAUUACUCAGCCCUCUAUCGCGUGAGUCUCCCAGCUUGGGAGACCAACCUUCCGAUAGACUAGAACUAUGGGUUGCCUACAUAGGGAUAUUUGGUAAUUUGCAAAGUGAAGCAGUUCCUGAUUAAAAUCCUGCUAGCUUUGUAGUAAAGGAGUUAAAAAGUAUUAAAGAAUCUCCAAUACUACAAGGCCAGCAGUGAAAUUAUUGCUCCCAUUAUACCUUGCUGUAUUAAUAUUUAAGGACUAUUGAAUGUGCAGUAAAAUGCAACAUCUGUCGUCUUCACCAAACACAUCACGUUCUCUAGUGGGUUAACAGUUUGUGUAAGUUCUAGGCCAAUAUGUGUGUGUGUAAGUGAUAUAUAUGUUUAUAUACACACACACAUACUAAAAGAUUUUUGUUAAGAAUUACAUUUAUUCUCUGUUUUAAGGGCUGUUAGUAAAGAAGACACGAAAGAAGAAAACAUUUAAAAAGCAUAAUAUCUAAAGCUAUAUCUAAUAUAUAUUUUUUACACCCAAGGGAGUAUAGGAUAGUCAAAAAACUUUUCAGAGCGGCAGACUGUCGAGGAUAAGCAGAGAUUGUCUCUAGUGAUAAAUCCUUGCACUGCAGCAUGUAUAAUUACUGUAUAUCAGAGCUGUAUAUAUUUACAUAUAUAUAUAUAUAUAACACUUUACUGAUACUUUAAUGUAGGGUUAUAGUUAUGAAACACCACAUAAAUCACCUUCAGACCUCCAGCUGCACAUAUAUUUAUGCAUACACCUAUGUAUGCAGCUUUGAAAUUGCACACCAUACAGUUGAGACUGGCUGGAAAGCAUGGAACACAGAUACCACUCUAAAGGCUGGCACAAUUUGGGCACAUAUACAAGUAAGUUGUCUGCCCAAAAAGGAUAUUAGAAUAGCCGUCAAGCAAGCAUUCUGAGCUGUAGAAUUUCAUCAUUUGACUUGCAGAUCCAGGCCUGCCAGUGUUUGAUAAGUAGAUUUGCAGAUAGUUUUAGAUAAGUUUUCGAACUGCAGGCCCAAACUAAAGUACGUUCCAACAUUUAGGUGUGCAUACAUAGGAAUAUAUACAUUUGUCCCAUAUGAAUAUCUAGCUAUAUAGUAAAAUAAAAAUAAAAUAAUAAUAAUAAAAUGCCAGCCUGACCCUGAAGAAUACAGAUUUUUCAGGAGAAAUAAAUAAUAUAAAAAAAAAAAAACUCAGGAAAAAAAAAGGUGAAUGUAGGGCUUUUUCCAGAAGUCUACUUGACUCCUGACACCGCUUAAUCCAUUCAUGUCUAGAGCAUCACUAGCGGUUAGACUAGAAAAAGGAUGAAUCUGCACAAGACAGAGUUCUAGGCUCAGGUAGCUGCUCCUAGUAAAUUCACAUCUGUCAAUGGUAGCUGAUAAGGUAUUUUUUUAGAGCACAUUACAGCACAAGAAAGUGUGCCACAGAAUGUAAAAAACAGAGGGAUUGGGGAAGAGAAAGUGGGAACUGUCUGCUGCAUUGUAUCUUCUUCUGGAUUGCAUAAGGGUUAGUAAGCAUGGUUUGCAAUAAUGCAUGGAGUUGGUUUAGUCUGGCGAUAGAGAAGCAUGGUUUGAUACUUAUUUCUAAUUGUUCUGGAUUGAAAGAGGCAGUUUGUGACUUUUCUAGACUGAGAUGCAUUUUCCUCCUACAUUCUAGAUUGGGGAUGGAUACACCAUAGUAGCAUGCUGCAAUGUAUCUACUACUGCUGGGCUGACAAAUCACUUUGUAAUGCAUCACAAUCACUUGUGUAAUGCCUUUCAAUUUCAUUGUGUACUUUUUGUUUUUUUCUGGAUUGGUGACGAGGAACUAUGCUGGCAAAGCAUCCAGGGAGCUGUAGUCCACAACAUAUGGAGUGCCGAAGGUUGCCUAUCCCUUGACUAGGGUUUACCUGUUACAUUACUAUGAGCAGUAGGAACUGCCUGAUACAACAUAUCUGAUCUUGAAUUAGUGAGGGCGAAGUACUAACUGUCUGCUACACUGUAUCUGGUUUUGGAUUUGUGAAAUAAAGUAGAGAUUGCUGGCAACAAUAUGUCAAUUUGUUCUGGAUUGAUGUAAUAAUAUCUGCUAUUUUAUAUUUGGUUUUUCUAAGAUUAUGAUGGAAAACCAGUGGCAGCCAACCCCAAUAUAUUAUGUUAUGGGUUGGUGAAGGAUUACAAGGGACAGCAGUGUAUCUGCUUGCUCCAGACUGAUGAAGAAAAAACGUAUGACCACUUGUUAAAGUGUACCUGUUCUAGAUUCUGUAAAGUCAAAUAAUCAACGUACACCACAGCGUAACUUGUUUUGGGUAGUCAGUAAUGCAGCUUGCAGCAGAUACCCAGAGAGGGAUACAUCCAUACAGUCCUCUGUUACCUAUUAUGAAUGCUCAAAUUUAAACAGCUUCUAUAUCAUGCUUUUAUUAAUACUAUUGAGGAGGUACUUCAUGGGGUGUCUUGGGAUGAGCCUGUUUAGUAUUUACCUGCACAUUAAUGGGAUGUAUUGUGUUUGUGGUAUCUAAUGUAAUUUGUACAAAGACAAAAAAACAACAACAUAAGAUGUGGUUUCUACAUUCAUUAUAUGCUUUCUAUAUGUAUGUAUAUAAAUGCAGUAUGCUUAUUGUCUAUUGAAACGGAGGAGUCAGCUUGAAUGUUCUCUAUUUGUGCACACAGCAAUCACUAAAUAUUCAGAAUUUGUUCCAGGGGUUUUUUCAUGCUACUUUCUCCACUAUGAAUCCCUUUGGUAGCAAAGCAGUCUCUAUCACAAAUCUGUUUAUCGCAUACAGUACAUACAGAGGUUUAAUCGGGUGGUAAGUCAUGACGAACUAGUUAACAGAAUAGUUGAAAUACUUAGGGGCAAGUAGUCAGGUUGAUAAGAGCAAAAUCUGAAAAUUGCCUACAUUUGGCAGCUCCAUUAUGAAGACCCCACCACCUACAGGGGACAAUUCAUUUAACAGUGAAUUUCACAGAUUUGCAGCUUGGCUGAACUGUAGUUUAUUAAAUAAAUUCUACUUUUUAGUGAACAAACCACUAGAAUAUAUGAUUGAUCCAACUGUGGUUAUGAUAAAACGACCCCAUCUGCCACAUAUUAACAGUAUGCAUCAAUCUCAUUUUGUUCAUCAUUCACUGUAAAGGUUUUUUUUUUUUU